UCCAAAGCAUUUGUGGAGGCGUUCUCAUUUGAACGUACGUCAUGAUACAGGAAGUAAACAAACCAGACGAAAGCGUUGUCAUCAAGACGCUCACGAGACCUCCCACUGAGUGACAUGACAGCUCGUGCAGUUUUUUAAGGUGUGAUAUUGCUCUGGCAUGCAUGAUCUCCACAUCUCUUCCCGAGGGUGUCAAGCCAGACAGUAACCCCCACAGUGCCAUGGCUGAGGUGUUGGGACAGAGGAGCUUGCUGGGCUUUGGUGUGGUGUUGGCGUGGCUGGUGCUCUUCCACCUGCUGGUCAACAUCUGGCUGCUGUGCGUGUUCACCAGCCUGCUGGUGGUGCUCGGUGGCUGGCUUGGCUCGCAGGCCGUCCUGGAGUCCAACAGUGUGGUUCACCUGGAGAGGUUUAUCACCCUGGAGCAGGUUCCACCGUCUGUGGAGGAUGAACAUCACUUGGAUCGGGAGAUCCACAACACAGUGAGGAAAAUCAUUAGGGACUUUGUCACCUCCUGGUAUUCCACUGUGUCCUCUGAGAGUGGUUUUGAAACGGAGGUUCGACAGGCCAUGAUCUCUAUGGCCAUGGAGCUGAAAAUACGUGCCAGACAGGUCGACAGGAAGGAGCUGACGCAGAGGAUCCUGGAUCUGUUCGGCUGCCACCUGCAGGACUACAGCAGAGCCAAGGAGCUGGUGACCGAGCAGCAAACGCCUCUGUGGAGCGGCGAGAGCGAGCAGUUGUGGAAAGCGUAUUCCAGGGUUACCGCGCCUCAUCUUGCCAUGACCAGCGACACAGUGGAAGUAAACUACACCAGAGCAGUUGUAGAUUUGUUGCUGCAUGUUUUGGUGCCAUCGCCCCACUUGGAGACCUGCACCGGACGGUUCGUUGUCGGAGAGCUCAUCACCUGCAACGUUUUGCUCCCUCUCAUUGCUAAACUGUCUGACCCUGACUGGUUAAACAGUCUCUUGAUCGAAAUAUUUGGCAAGUCCAGCAAACCACAGGAGCCAAUUACAACAGAGCCGCUGACUUCAUCACCACCACUUCCACAGCCACCUGCUCAGUCAGAGCUCGCUCCACUACAAGAGACAACAUACGUACCUCAAAAGAAUAAUGAAGAUCCACUAAGAGCCGAGACCGAUAUGGUCAAUGACACGGAGACAACACCUGAGCUCGCUGCCUAUGAUGUGAUUGACUCUGAGGAGGUGGACUGUCCGCAGAACAACACUGAAGAAGAAGAGCCUACUCUACCCUUCUUAAGGCAUUACAUGAGAGGAAGCAAGUCAAACCCAUUUUAUCAGGAAAAUGACUCUGACCUGGAUUCUCCUGUGUCUGACUAUAAACAAAGUUGCAUUGAAUCCCUGGUCAUGAUAGGCCAAGAGGAGGGCCUGUAUGACAGACAGAAAGAAUGUGCCAUGUCUGAUGAGAAGAAUAAUGGUAUGGACCUGGAGGAUGUGUGCCCCAGCCCAGUGGAUGGCUGCUGCCCUAAAGUCCUGGUGAAUUCAGAACCAGUAGAGCAUCCUAAUGGCUGCGGUCCCUCAUCAGUCAGGACAGCAGAGGGGACUCCUACUAUCAGCAGCCUCCAGGACCUGGAGAGGGAGGGCAGUUCCCCUUCAGUAAACCCAGCCAGAGAGCUCCUUCUGGGUGUAGAACAAACUGGGCUGGGGAACCCCAAUGAGCUGACUGAAGUCAGUCCGUUGCAGGGCUCCUCCCCCAUGCCGUCGUUCAGUUUUGAGCCCCUCAGCAGCCCUGAUGGACCAGUCAUCAUCCAGAACCUCCGCAUCACUGGCACCAUCACAGCUAAGGAACACCGCGGCACUGGCUCACACCCCUACACUCUUUACACUAUCAAAUAUGAGACAGCGAUGGGCUGUGAGAACCCAGGAAGCAUCCAGCCAGGCUCCGAGGAUGCUGAAGUUGUACCAUCAGGUUGUGAGAAUCCAUCACCCAUUCAGCCAGUAGCCUAUCACAUGGUCAACAGACGAUACAGCGAGUUCCUCAACCUGCAAACACGGCUGGAAGAAAAAACUGAACUACGGAAACUCAUCAAAGGUGUGAAAGGUCCAAAGAAAAUAUUUCCAGACAUGCCGUUUGGAAACAUGGACAGUGAGAAGAUCGAGGCCAGGAAAGGACUUCUGGAGACCUUUCUAAAGCAACUCUGCGCCAUCUCUGAAAUAGCCAACAGUGAAGAGAUGCAGGAGUUUCUGGCUCUCAAUACAGACGCCAGGAUCGCAUUUGUCAAGAAACCUUUUAUUGUCUCACGCAUAGACAAGAUUGUGGUGAAUGCCAUUGUGGACACCCUGAAGACAGCGUUUCCUCGUUCAGAACCUCAGAGCCCAACAGAGGAUAAUGAGGGAGAGGUGGACGGAGGGAAAAUAAGUGCUGACAAGAAGAGCAAGUCUCGUCUGAAGUUCUCCAGUAAAAACAUCCCCUUUAUGAACGGCUCUGACAUGAGACCAGCGGUUUUGUUCAGUUGUGAGCAAACUAGCACAGUGUUUAACGGGAUGUCUUUGGGAGAUUUGCAAGCCUUUAUCACUGAACAAGAAAAACGGGCCAUCAGAGCCGAGCCAGAGAGGGAGGACAGUCCAGUAGUGAGAGAAUUCGGGUGCUAUCUGGAUGACAGCUUGAGAGGAGAGCACAGUCAGGAACCUGCAUCUGAGACGGCGCUGGCUGAGGUGGCUCUGAACAUCCUGUGUCUUCUGAUGAAGAAGCAGUGGAGCUGGCUGUGCACCGAAAACAUUCAGAGGACCAUCCGGCUGCUGUUUGGGACCCUUAUUAACAGAUGGCUGGAUGUGAGCGUAGCCAACCUGACAUGCACCAGGUACUGGGUGGUGUACCUGCAGGUCAUCCAGGAGGCUGUGUGGCCAGGAGGAGCUCUGCCUGCGGCCCCUCAACUUGAACGCAGCCAACAGCAGAAGGACAUUACCAGGCAACAAGCCUUACACUGUCUGAUGAGACUCCUACCAGAUCUGGUCUCAGACAUGUUGGGCUCAGACAAGUACAAACUCAGCUGGCAGACUGCACUGGACUCUCUUCAAGACCCCUAUAUUAACAGACACCUGGUCUACUGCAUAUUUGAUCUUCUGCUGGAGUUCCUGGUUCCUGAAAUACCUGAGGAGGACUUCCAGAGGCGCCUCUUGCAGACCCUCUCCAAGAACCCAGAGAAGCUGCUGGCAUGAGGAGAAAACCCACAGGAACACCUGCAAACCCAGCUUUAAUUUUCCAUCAUCCUAACUGAUUCACCAUUGAUAAAUUGCUGAAAAGCAGAGUGACAGCGAGGCUGCUCCUGUCCUACUAAUGUUCUGCGAGUGUAAGUGAAUGUUUCUGGUGAGACUGAAUAUUCUCUGUCCCUACUUUAAACUUCUGAGGUCAGUCAGGCCUGUUUUUAAUUACGUGUUGAUGUGUUGACAUAUGACGUUCUUGAACAUCCUGUAUACACACACACACAUUAACACAAACUACAUUUGAAGCAGCUUUGAUUACAUGAGAGCACCUGGUUUGUGUUUUAUCUCAGAAUGUGUCUGACGUGCUGUUCAGGUCUAAACAUGUGGCAAAGCCUUGUCCGAUCUGCACAUCCAGCCUCUUCCUGCUCGCUAAACUCUCCGGCUUUGACUAAACUCACUUCAGAUGUUCUGCACACUCUGCCCUCACCCACUCUUGCAGUUUCUGGAUAGAAAAACGCACACCUGUUGCUCUAAUCUGGGGAAGCAGGGUUUGCUUUUUCCCCCAACUUAAAUCUCAAAAUGCUCUAUUGGGAUUUAGCAUCAGCGUUUUUAUUCUCUGUUGACCCAUUCUUCAACAUCCCACUGGCUCUGUAUAGAGCCACACAUGUGAUUCUGACAUAAUGUGAGCUAUGCUUCCUAAAUCUGAGCCUUCUUGAUCGAUUGCAUGUCUCUGGUAGGGAUUUUUUUUUUUUACCUGCAAGUGUCCAUGUGUAGGAAAAGUACAUACUGUAAUAUAGUGAGGUGAAGAGUUAUUUUACUGGCUUCACAGAUGCGUCACAGUUCUUUUAACAGGUCCCUUGGAGAAUUAUCCGUGCAGUUAAUGUCUAAAUUAUAUAAGAACUGGGCUCCACAAAAACAGGUAUAUGAAGGAUGUUGGAAUGGUGUUAGCUUAGGUUUAUUCAGUAACUUGAGAGAUUUUUUUGUAUUACUGUAAAACAGUGAACUGCUGGAGUCUCCGUGUACUUAAGAUCAGUUAUAUUUGAUAGUUGGCUAAUUAACCAGCAGGCUUAAAGGGUUGAAGGUAGAAGUGUAUUUCACACUUUGGUGGUAUCUAUCCAUGCUGACAGCUUUGGUUUUAUUUGUCCAGAUAUUGAGUUAUCAGUCUCUAAAAUUUCUGCCUCCACUCCAAUACAGUUUUAAUUUCUGGUGAUCGCAGCAUUUAAAAAUAUGGUUAAAAAAAAUCAGUAGCAACAUCCCUGUUACUCUGGAAAUCCCACAGACCUGACUGUUUCAGCAGAACUACUUUUGCUGAAGAAAUAGUGGCAAAAUAAAUUAAAAAAAAGAAAAGAAAAGGCAAGCGCUGCUCUUUAAAAUACAUGAAAACAACAUGGAGCUGUCCAACUUUUAAUGCAGACUUUCCACUAACUUCAGCUCGAUGCAGGCUCUAUUGGGUAAAACCAGCUAGUGAUGGUCAAACUAACUGAUUGGCAGUGCCACGGUUAGCUUUUCCCUCACAUUUUUCCUCCCCGCCUGAUUGUCACAAAUGAAGUAAUUUGACUCAACUUUUUUCCCAGUGUGUAAAAGGAUGGUUUUCUUUUUUUUUCUCAUCCUUACAAAGUGUUUUAAUUAAUUACCCCAAAGCGAACGUAAGACGUGAUCAGUCAAUCGAUCCUUGCCACCUGCUGAGCUGAAUCAGACAGAUUCAGUAACUAGAUGAGGGACUAAACACUCGCCUCACUCGUUAAAUAUAUGUAGUGUAAUUAUAUUUCAUUAAGGUGUAGUAGUGUCUAGUGUCUAACACAUUUGAGCAGUUGUAUCAGUGGUAAACAUUACUGUCAAUGAACUCACAAAAACUCAUCAUGUCAUUCAGUCCUUUAUCCCAGACCACCACCUUUGCUGCCUGAGGACCACAUAGUCAUGGAGUUCAAUUACUGUGGUCAGUCAUCCUCUAGUCACCUUAGAGACCAUCUGGAGAAAGUUUUAGUGGUGCCAACACACAGUCUCCAGUCACUUUAAAUAUAUUGUUGAAGGUUUUUGCACUUUGGAAAUCUGCCUUAGCAUCUUAUUGCCUUCAUGGUGGUAACACAACAAUCAGCGCUCCUUUCCCAGUUGGAUAAAGACAAUGAACAGAAAACUGUCGUAGUUUACUAAAAAUAUCCUCAGUAUGUAUCCAAAGUAUGUUACAACACAUAUAAUUUCAUGUCUCUAUCACAUACAUGUGUAACCUUAAUGUCUUAACACAGACUGUCUUAAAAUACUGUUUAGUUAAUCUUCAAUUGCAGUUUGAGAGUGAUGACCUAAUCUAGGUGUAAAUCAGUUUCUUAACCUCUUCUGGCAAAUUAACUAACUUAAAGUUAUGUCAACUGUAAUACUGCAUACUUUUGUGUUUUAUUUUUUGGAGUAUUGCGUCAGCUCCAAAUGGGUUGUAUGGAGAUUAAGAUCAGAAGUAUUUUCUCAUAUCAAAUACGUCAAAUAUCAAAUAUGUCUCCCGCGACUGAAUCUGCAUAUUCAGUUAAGUCAUGUGAAGUUGUGAUGCCAAGUUUCAGAAAUGUUACAUUCCAUCUUGUAAGUGAAAAACAAGUCAGAUCUUAAUGUUACUAUCAUUCCAGUGUUGUGCACUCAUAUCCUGGUUUAGUGGUCUCCUCCUUGUCUUAAAAUCAGUUUUUUCCCCUUUCCUUUGUGUUACCUUGUGAUUCAGUUUAUUUAUUAACCUAUUUAUUUGCUUGAUUUACUAAAUUCUGACUUUUUCUGAAUUCUGUCCAUGAAAGAAUAAGCGAGGUGCCAGUGCUGACAGAGAGGAGCGUCCUCUCUUAUGAAGUGCUUGAAACUGGAUUUUGCCUUACAAGGUGACUUGAUGAAGUUCGGUCUGCCUGUUCUGCAGUAAUGCAGCUGCAGUGUAGCCGCUGACCAUGCCUUAGUAGAACAGAAGCACCCAGUUCCAGCUCUCUGUAGUGAAACUAUUCACACGUGUUCUUUUAAUUGUGUCAGAUUGUGCUGAAUGUUGAGGCUGUUACAGUUUUUUGUUGUGAAGAUAUUGUGGGAUUCAUAUUAAUUCCCACUGUGAUAUAAAAUAUUUGCUCAGUCUACUAUUAUAACAAGAACAUUUUCUUGCUUUAAUGCGAUCCUUUUCAUGUUAUAAGGAUGUGUUUUUCUUGUCAUUACUUUGUCACGUUAUCCGGUUGUGUCACAAAACUUUCUCGGUAUUACACAAAAUCAGUGUAUCUCGUUAAAACAAGACAUGGUUCUUGUUUAUAACCUAAGUUGGUAUAUUGUUAGAGAAGAGGAAGAAGAAAAAGAUCCAGUCAAUGCCUAAAGAGAAGACAGUGUAGCCUACAUCUGCUGGAAAUAUUGAAAGUAACUGGUUUAUAUUGUUUGAUUAAGUUUUAUUUGAUACUUGGAGUGAGAAAUGGCCAAAGUAUCAUCCAUCCAUCCUUUAUCUAGAACUGCUUAUCAUGUGCAGGAUCGCGGGUGGGGGUUGGAGCCCACCUCAGCAUACACGGAGUAAAAGUUCACCACGAGUCUGCCACACGGCUGACACAUACACACAAUAAUAUUCACGUUCAUACCUACACGCGCAGUUUCAGCUGGGCUGGCCUCUGUUCCACCAGCUUCUGUACCUCAAAGCAGUCUGUCAUUCAGCAUUUCUUUCAUCCGUCUUUCUGGAAAAAAAGUGUGUUCCUGGAGUUUACUGUCCACAUUCUAAGGCAGAUCGGCAUCCACUACCGCGCUUGCUAUUAGACGUGGAAAGCUUCAUAAUUUUAACAAAGUUCUAAUAACUAAUAAAUACUUUGUGAGCAUACAAAAAACUACAGCUCCAUUUUUUGUUUGUUUGUUUUUUAACCACACAAAGUUCAAUCGUAGAAAAGGUUUCAGUCGUAGUCAUCUGGACACUGUUUUCAGAAUCAAGAGCCGAAACGUCUUGAUUCUGAAAACAGUGUCCAGAUGACUACGACUGAAACCUUUUCUACGAUAGAACACUCCUGGACGAAUGAGGGACUACACCGUCGCACAAAGUUAGGUUCCACAAGGUUAUGAUGAGUAAGGUUACAUUCUAUGGCUGGAGUUUUAUUACAAAUGCCAAUGUGAUUUUGAAUGAGGUUUUCUUAUAUCUGGAAAGUAAGCAUAGAUGAUCAAAACAGUUUGAAAACAGUUACAUCAUACAACAUACAUAACAUCCAGCCACAUGUCUGCAUCAGUUUUGUUGUAUGACUGAUCACUGACUGGACUUUUACCUCUUUAUAACAACGUACCAACCUAUCAUGUUUUAAUGAGACACGUUGAUUUUGUGUGAUACUGAAAAGGUUGCAAUAUAACAAGGUAAAGGAUAUGAUGUUAUAGCAUGAACAGUUGAUUGUAAAAAAAAAUUGGUAUGUAUUAAUAACCAGAAGGUUAUGUCAUAAUAACAUGAAAAAAUAUCUUAUUACAUUAAAAGGAUCUCGUUAAAGCAAGGCAUUUUUCUCUAUAACAAAACGGAUCUAAAACAUUUUUUUGUAAUAGUGGCAGCAAUACGCUGCCGUGCUUUAAUCAGUAGUCGAUGAUAGCUGUUACGUUAUUCAUGGUAAAAAAUGCACUGUGCUGAAAUUCACAUAUUUAUGCCAAAUGUUAAUUAGAACAGAUUUAUAGACAGUGACAACAUAUGCACUAAAGCGUUAUCUGUUUUAGAGAAAUAUAUGACAUUGUACAGGUCCACUGUUAACUAUAAUCUUGUUCUCUAUCACCUUUGCACUCUUUCACCUUUUCGUGUUCUCUGUCAGAUCCUGGCGUUUCUCUACAAUGUCACUUGUGAACACGUGGAGUCGUGUUGUGCAUGUUAAAGCUGUGACUCUGUCUCCCUUUGCUAGCACAGAUUGUGUCAGUCUUUGAAAUUUGCUGGUUGUUCUUGAGCAUAUUUGCAAAAACAAUAAAGUCACCAAACAUGAGUUAUUAAAUCUUCA